AUGUCAAGUUCUGGUACUACUGGUACAGGAUCAAGUACACUUGAUCAGUUAAUCGAUGAAGCGAUUUUUCAAGCAUUACAUACUAGUGCGAGGACUUUGACAUGGUAUUGCGCUCUUGGAUUAGGUAUUGAAGGGAUUAUACUAGGUGCUAUUUUAUCACAAACAUAUAGAUAUUAUGAACAUUUCAAAUUACAAGAUUCUAGGUCGACUUUGUUUUUGGUUGGUCUAGGAACAUCUGCUUGUCUAGGUCAAUUCGGAUUGAAUCUAUGGCAAACAUAUAUGUUCAUUGACAAAGCAGCCACUCAAGUGUUUAUCGUUUUGGAAAAAGAUGUUUACGCCGAUAUGACAGUGUUGUUGUUUAUUGGAAUAUUCAAUUUGGGCGCUGCCGUUUAUUUCUCAAGAAGGGCUAUCAAGCUCGUAGGAAAAAAACAUAUUUUAAUACCUAUACUUGGUUCAUUGGCUUUAGCAAGUUUCGCCAUGUGUCUAGCAUGCGUUAUCACGGGGUUUAGAGUUCCAGGCGGUACUGGAGAUUUGAAAGGCUGGAUUACCAAUGUCAACAAAUGGGUUAUAGCUUGGACUGCUGUUUCUGUCGUUACCGAUCUUUGCGUCUGCUUCACCAUGACAUACGCGCUUAUCAACUCUAGAGAUGAGAUCAAAGCUGCCGCUACUUCUUUGAUGAGGAAAUUAUUGAUGUUGACUUUUGAAACUAUGUUACCACCUGUAACAGUGACAUUCCUAUUAUUGAUUUUCGGCACGAUUGAAAAUGCGACCAUGGGUAAUUUCUCAAGAGUAUUGGUAUGGACCAUUGGACCAUUAUAUUUUCAUGCUAUUAUACAUUCCUUAGUAGGUAGACAUGAUAUUCAAUUCAUACUUCAACAGCAGCAAGGAGGAUCAAAUUUACCUACACAUCAUCAAUACAACCAUCACCAUCAUCAUCACCAUGAACACGAACAUGGAUAUGAACAUGAACAUACGAGAUAUGCGAGUCCGGUCGGUAUCAAUAUUCAAGCACAGAAUCGUAUCGGAGAGGGUAACGGUGAUGUUCAAUUAAUGCCUGUCGUGAUGGAUACAAGGGCUAAAAAGGAAUUAGGUUGGGAAGAUAAUAAUGAAUUUGGAAUCAACUCCAAAUAG